AGAUUUUCCACCAGCCACCGCGGUCCGUUCGACCGACUGACCGUCUGUGCCACUUUUCGACCUGGCAGCAGUGCACAAAGCUGCCCUCAGGGGACAGUGAAUCUCCCGCCCUUCGCUGCAUUCGUGGCAAUCACUGUGGGGCGCGCCAGAGUGCAUAUCACGCGGCUCACUUCCUCGGCCAGGAGGUCAACAGCGUGUGUGAGAAUGCAAGAGGGUGUGCUGUGGUGGUUUUGGGCUUAUUGAUUGAGUGUGGUAGGAAAAAGUGUUGCAACGCGAGCCGUUCGGGGGGAAAAGUGCAUAUAUAGCGAGAGAAUGCAUUUCGGUGCAUUCGCGAGUGAGAAGGACUUUUCACUCGCCAACGAAUUGUGAUAUAUAGAUUUUCACUGGUGAUAUUAUAUACACCCAAUUUCCCUGCCUUCAAGCGGAGGGCAGACAGCCAAGGAAGCAAGUCAGAGAGAGAGAGUGAGAGAGCAAGGAUAAAAAAAGGCUAAGGCGGAGGAAUGGCUCAAAUCAAUUAUGUAAUUCCAGUUUUGAGUGUCCUUAUGGGAUUAGCAGCUAGUCUCGAGGAGGACUGCAUAGACUUUCAGGGAAACUCCGUGGCGCACGGGCUGCUGUACGUUCCCGGGCCGGGCGUGUGCAGCCUCUGCGUGUGCUAUCACUCCGAGCCGCUCUGGUGCAAGGCGAUUUACUGUGAUCCCCCUUACUUCUGCAAGAACUUCCGCGUCGGCGAGAGAUGCUGCGAGUUCGAGUGUCUGGAUCCGCCGGGCGAAGAUGAGAUGUACCAGGCGCGCCUGAGGAAGCGCGCUGAAAUCCUGGCCGGCGGCCACGCGAAUCCCACGGCGGUGGCGCCGCCGCUGCUCGCCAUGUGGAGUCCUUUGCUGCUGUGGCUGCUGGCGCACGUUUCGUAGCUGGCGAAGUGGCGGAUGCCCUAGAGUCCCUCCCUCGCGCCAGCGAUUCUUCAGGAGAUUUCAUCACAUUAUAGAUAAUAUACCUUUUUACCAUGGAGAACAAUCGGAUAUACGGCAUUGAAUUGCAAUUGGCGAUGCUAUUCAAAAAAACUAAUAAUAUUUUGGCGCAUUUGCGCGCCAUGAGAAGCUCACAGGUUUUCAGAACUUUACUAUAUAUAUAUUAGAACCCUCUUCAAGGUGAGAGCGUGCGAGGGAGGAAAUCAGGAGACGUCAGUUGCCGAAGCAUUGAGUGUCUCUUUGAGAGCGCCGAGGAACUAUUUAUUACCGAGUUUACGCUUUAUCUAUUUCACACACGACAACGCGCGCGUGAAAUCAGUAGAGGUGACAAGAAAAUUAGCCUAAGCACGUUUAAGCUGCAUGAUAAUGAUCAGGAGAUGCGAAGAAUUUCCCCAGAAGGACCUCAAAAGUGGCGGAAAGAGUGAAUAUCAAAGAGGACAAGAAGCGUUUUAGAAUACACACAAAAAUGAGUUUCGUAGAUGAAUUCUUCUAUAACUCAUAGUCUUUUAGAGUAUAAAAUAAAGAAAAGAGGAAAAAACGGAGCAAAUAAGCCAUCAAUAAUAUUUUUGGACCAAGACUUCAAAUGGUUGUUCUUCUCCUCAUUAACUGGACAAUUUUGACCUAAAGCGACAAGUGAAACAAUUCUGCAAGCGAAUUGUCGCUGUCUGUCUCUCUCUCUCUCUCUCUUUCUCAGAAUCUCAUAUGAUUAAUAAUAAUAAUAAUAAAUAAAACUACGUAGAAUCUAGACCACGAAGAUGAGGAAGAAAAUCGUUAUGCAAUUUGCCGAGGCGUCAUCUCACCCAAAUCCUUUUGCGCAUAUCAAAGAUGAUGGACAAUUUGCAACAAUUGCGUCAAUAUUUCAGUUAACAAUUCAAUUGUGUGUGCUUUGAAUAGACUCAGUUCACGACUUCUCAUCAUUAAUUCAUCGCCUUCCUUUCCCCUCUUUCUCUCUCUCUCUCUCACUCUCUUUGUCUUUCCCUCAAUCUUCACCUUUUUUGGUGGCUGUGAUUUCAAUUGAUCUUUUCCGCGGAAAAUGCGAAAACAUGGACAAAAUGAGAAUAAAGAGAGAGAUUUGUUGAAAACACGUGAGAUGAAAUAUGCUUCUUUAACAAACUGGAAAAUUAAAAUUAACAGAGAGUUUUUCACCAGACAUUAGCGUUUAAACACAUAAGAAAAGAGAAAUGGAAAAGAAUUCGCCUUUGAUGCUUUAACAAUGAGAAGAUGAUCAACAUUCAAUAAAAAUGAGAGAAAAUAAGAGAAAUGUUAUUAACACAUCAUAUUAUUAAAUACAUUGAUAACUUACAUUAUACCUUAUUACUGAUAAUGGACUAUUUGUAGUUUGAGAUUUUAAUUGAAUAAAACCAAUAAAACUUAUUAGAAGAA